AUGGCACGGGGAGAGAAUUCACACCAAGCAUCUCAAUUCACCAAGCAAUCGCGCCGCCAGGAAUGGGGAGUGAAUGUCCAGCCAUAUUCAGGAAGCCCGGCCAAUUUUGCGGUCUACACGGCUCUGCUGCCACCCCAUGCUCGCGUCAUGGGCCUUGACCUUCCUAGUGGCGGGCACUUGACCCAUGGCUAUUACACAGCCAAGAAGAAGAUCAGUGCCACGUCCAUCUAUUUUGAGUCUUUGCCCUACCGGGUUCACCCCGAGACCGGCCUCAUUGACUUUGACGAGCUCCGGAAGACGGCCCUGGUCUUCCGCCCUGCCAUGAUCCUUUGCGGUGCCUCUGCCUAUCCUCGGGUGGUGGACUUCGCCAAGUUCCGGGAGAUCGCAGACGAGGUGGGUGCCUACCUCAUGGCUGAUAUUGCUCACAUCUCUGGCCUUGUGGCCACUGGUGAGCAUCCAUCGCCCUUCCCUUUUUGUGAUGUGGUGACCACCACCACACACAAGUCGCUUCGAGGCCCUCGUGCUGGCAUGAUCUUCUUCAAGUACACCGACAAGCUGCCAGACAUCAAGGAUCGCAUUGACAUGGCUGUGUUCCCAGCCCUUCAGGGAGGUCCUCACAAUCACCAGAUUGGCGGACUGGCAGCCCAGCUUCUGGAAGUGAACACCCCUGAGUUCAAGGAGUACUCCAAGCAGGUCAAGGCGAAUGCGAACUCCCUGGCUGAGAUCUUGAAAUCCAAGGGUCACAAGCUGGCCAGUGACGGAACCGACAACCACUUGGUGCUGUGGGACCUGCGGCCACAUGGACUCACAGGUGGCAAGAUUGAGAAGGUCUGUGAACAUUGCUCCAUUACCUUAAACCGCAACGCUGUGCAUGGCGACGUCUCCGCAUUGAGCCCAGGAGGUGUCCGUGUGGGUGCUCCCGCCAUGACCACCCGUGGAUGCAGCACGGCAGACUUUCAGAAGAUUGCUGACUUCUUGGAUCGAUGCUGCAAAAUUGCACUUAAGGUGCAGGAGGAGAAAGGCAAGAAACUGAAAGACUUCGAGUUAACCCUCAUCGUGACGCCGCAGUCCUUGGAUGUCGCCAUGCCGGGCAAAGUUGACUCGGAGGACACCAUUUUGGCUAGCACUCCGGAGGACCUCGAGGAGAACACGACCAACGGCACCGCUGGCCUGGAUGGCUUUUGGAUAGAGGGGUACAUCUGGGCCUGGUGGCAAAGUGGUUACCAGGCGUAUGACGCCGCAGCACCUGGUUGGUUUGGACUUCCUGGACGACCUGGACGCUUGCGCACUGAAGGUGGAUGGGCCGGCUACUUCGCGGACGGCGUGGGAGUGCAGGCAUUUGGAGAAUGGUGGCCCUUGGUUGCCUACUUCACGGCCGGUAUCCUCAUGGUUGGGGCUUUGGGCGUUCUGGCUUACAGCUUGCACACCCUAUCAGCACCUUUCCGAGCAGUUGGACGUGGUUUGCAUUGUCUUGCCAGAGCCUGCUGCUGCUGUCGUAGACCACAAGGAGUCGAAGCACAUCUUCCUAGCGCCCCACCUACAAUGACUGAGGUCGAGUGGCAUGGGCCCAAGACCGGGUGGCCAACGGAGACGCGCUACCUGCAACAGAGGUUGAAGGGAAGAGGAAGCCGUCGCCGGUUGAAUGACGUGGUGAUACGUCGUGAUGGUCACGUGGCUCGCCUUCACCAAGAGGAGAGCCUGCUCAAGAGGAUCGACAGUGAUGGGCUUCGGGUGAAGUUUAGCAGCGUGGCUAGUUGCACAUCACGGCAGUUCCGUAGGGACCUGGAAGAUGCGGGAGAGGUGCACCUAUGCCGGCAACUUGAAUGCCGAGCUGAACACCCCCUACAUGUUCAAGAAUUCGCAGGCGUUGACCACGAGGCGCUCCUCGACUUGCACUGCUUUGCACACGGUUCAUCAAGGUGGUUGCUGGGGAUGAUUUGGAGGAAUGCCCUGCAUUGCAUUGGAUGCAUCUUCACGUUCACGAGGUGGAUCUUCAAGCGCUGCUGCAUGACGCCGGCAAGGAGGACGAUUCGAGGAGAAGAUGGACAUGAGCGUGCGCUAGACCCAGAGUCAGAGUCAGAGGCGGAGGGCGACGAGGCCACAUGCCAGGGAGUCCGAGUCUACCAGAGCGCUGCAGCAAAACGCAAAUGCGGAGUCCUCCUCUGCUACAAAGCAUCCAAGGGAGCAAAGCAUGGGGUACCGCUAUGCUAUGAUCACCUCAGCGAUCAACAGGGCUCGACAGCACGAAGGGACAGCCCACACCCCAAUGGCAUGUUGAGCGGAUUUAGGAGACGCUUUGGACGCAGGCCUUCAGACAGAAGUCGCAGUCCCCAGCCCGAGAAGACCGAUGCCGCGAACGACAAGCCUGAGACCAUCGACAGCACACCCAGCAAGAGCGAGGAGAAACCUGGUCGUUCGAGGUCAGUGGACCUAGGCAAGGUGAUGAUCCCGUCACCACCGAGAGGCAGCCUUGAAGCCGAAGACAUCCUUGGGACGCCUGUGUGGCUGAAAGUGAGAAUCGGUGCUAGCGGGAAUACGAGACGCUGGUACCAAUGUCUUGGGAAGCUCAGUGGGUAUGCACCUGGAGGAGUCCGUGGAGAAAGCCGCCUCGAGAUCUACAUCCAGUUCUUCGACCAGUCCGUCAUCGUCGACCCGAAGUACCUGGAGGAUUAUGGCCACAUCGGGAAGAACAACGACACGGAGGUUGAGAAGGCGAAGACGCUGAUCACUGAGCAGCCUGAGGACGCAAUCACUCUUGGCUUCGACAUCAAGGGCUACAUCGUGCCAGACACACUAGUUCCAAGACUGCAAGCCUGGGAAGGAAGAGAAGUCGGCAGUGGGCAACGCAUUGACAGCGAGACCCUGGGAUGCUGCAAGAGAGACCUCGGGUCCUUCAUCGCCAAGCACAGCGCGGGCUAUGUGAAGGGCGAAGUUUGGCCCAGCUGGCCAGCUGAAGCCGAGCUAGGACUCGACAAGCACCUGGAGGAGACCCCAUUGCCAAGGAGCCAGCCUACACGAAGACGCAGCCGGAGCCGCAGCCAUAGCCUGAGCAGGGCAAUGAAGGAAGAGGAUGAUCGCAAGGUCAGGGAGUCCGCGACACCACCGACAAGCCAUGCCGACGCCGAGCAGGAAGAAACAACUGGAGCGGCCAUUGUGGAGGCCUAUGAGACUGCGAUCCAGACCGGGCAGACCCAUGAGGAGGCGCUCGACACGGUUCGUAUCAUCUAUGAGGUCGACGCAGAGGAGGUUAAGCAACACCUAAAGACCUAUGUCAGAAGGCACUGUGGGACACAGGACGCGACGGUGAGCAGCUGCAUCAAUCUCCUGAAAAAGAUGUCCAGCAUGCCGGAGGUCAUUGCCGCCCCCAGAGGAGAUAGCAGGCCACAACCGCAGAGGCAAACUACGCCUGAGGGAGGCGCGACACUUUUUGGAGCACCCUUCAAGGAGCGCAAUGACGGAGGUCUGAUCAAGCCGGCAGGAGGCCACGCCAAGGUGAACCCGCUGCUGGAGGGGUCCGGGGUCGUCAACCAGCUCUUCGAUUUAGGAAACCUGGACCGUGAGGAUGAAGGGACAAGAGCCGGAGCAGGUGGAGAAGGCGAGGACAAUUCUCACAUCGCCGCCAGGGUGGUCCAUGCUUUGGAGGGGCUUCGCAAGGCAACUGAGGGCGAUCGGAAGAGCACUCCAGGGACAAGGUCAUCGAUUGGCAGCGAAGAGGCAUUAGAUGUGUACCUGGCCAGAGGAUGCAACACAUUGACGGUUGAGGUAUGCCCGGAUGCCACAGGGAAGGAGUUGUUUGACGCCCUGAAGCGCGCCUGCUCUCACGCCAAAGCAAAGCUCCAGCAGAUCGAAUGGCCAUGCCUGGUGACUAAUGGGAUUGCCUAUGGCUUAGCCGCCAUGCACCACGGAGGUAAAGACCACACAACCCUUCCUCCCUGGGCCUUGAGCGUGGCACACGCCGUGACUGCGAGGCCAAGAGACUUCGACCAGUAUGAGGCCCCGAAGGAUGACAAGGUGGAACCCAAGCCCAGGUAUCCGACGCACUUCGCAACCUGGCUCAAGCAAGCUCGGAAUGAGAUCAACAUGAUCGGGUCGGUCUUGGGACUGGAGCACAAGAAGGAGCGUCUAGCUGCGCUUGAACAGAUCGAGAAAGCGCACGAGAAGGACGUGGAUGUGGGCGAGAACCUCGACGAGAGCGACCAUGCCACGGACACGCAGCCAUCUGGUGGAGGAGAAGCCGGAGACCGUGUGGGAAAGGGCAAGGAGAAAGGCGACAAGGACGCCAAGAGAAAGAAGGAGAAGGACGACAAGAAGGCAUACCCCGACGUGCAAUACACCCAGCUGGAAGAGGAGCUUCGAGAACUCACCAGAGGGCCAGACUAUGGAUGGCUCAGGGACUACCACGCGGAGGAGCUGAAGGUGAAGAAUGUGUGGGACAGACGAGUUGACCACCCCGAGGCACAACGCCGCCUUGAGGAGUUGAAGAAGCUUGAGAAGGCAGGGAAGUUGGAGGGGAUGGGAACAUGGAGCCCAUACCUACAAUCACACGUCCGCAGCAGGAUCUUGAACGCCCACAUGGAGGGAAACACCUUGGACAUCGACGAGGUACUCCUCGAGGCCACGGAGAAGGGCUGCCCGGAGCUCGCACAGGAGGCGGAGAAGGUCCUCAAUGAGCAGCGCACAGUGGGAUGGCAAGAGCAGGACCGACAAGCAUGGAUCGGAGCGCUCAUAUGGAGCAAGGAGAAGGGCUAUGGAGAAGGCAAGUUCGAGUUCCAAUGCGGUGGUGAGCAUCAAUGCUGGCGAUACUUGGACUAUCGAGAUCGCCUACCGGUACCACCCGAGCUCGCGAGUGCACUCGGGAUGCAGGAGGGUGAGGAGGAGGAGCGCCAAUGCUUGGUCCUACACCCGGCAGCAGGGUGUCUCAUGUGGGACAACAACUGGAACCCGGAUGCGCCGCCCUCACUGGCAGAAGUUCAAGAAGCUGCACAGGCCUUGAGAGCGGAACUUUGGGAUGAUGCGGCUGGCGUGGUCAGUGAGCUUGGCGACCCAGAGCACCCCAUCGAGACCCAGGAACUCAUCAUGCUCGGCUCUGGAGGAGUACUCAAACGGAGGCCAUCCUUUGCCUACGGCCCACGAGUCCAGGAGGUGUUUGCUGGCGCAGGGGUGUGGACGAAAGCGAUGACGUCCGCAGGCAUCCCGGCAAACCCACCGGUGGAGCUCUACACGGACCCCCUACGCAAGACUGGGAAGCGCAAAGAGUUUGACCUCAUGGACGACCAAAUCGCAGAGCACUAUCUCCGAGCAGCUCAGGAGCUCCCAGGUCCAACGGUCGCGAAUGUUUGGGAAUUUGGCACCCCGUGUACAAGUUACUGUGACUUCAACAAGAUCAACAACGGUACACGUACGUUCACAGAGCCUCGAGGUGUCAACCCAACAAAGACCGAGCAAGAAGGCAAUCACUUUUGUGAUUACACCUGCCGAGUAUGCCUGGAGCUCUACAACCACGACAAGGAGUUCAUCCUGGAGUCCUCCAUGCCUUCGGGAAGAUACCCCAAGAUAUGGGAUCAGCCUGGCAUACAGGAGCUGCAACAGUCCACGGGAUCGCUCAUCGUGCCAACCCACCUAUGCGAAUGGGGUGCACACCCCGUGGACAAGCCAGGGCUUCGCUAUAAGAAGGGUCAGUGGAAUCUCGUGACCCCAGGUCUCUACAUCCAUGCCCUCUUGCUGGCGCGCCGCUGCCAAGGCAACCAUACUCACCUCGAGGUCAAGGGCGAGUCCGACAUCCCAGGUGUUCCACGAACACGCCAGGCGCAGGUGUAUCCUACAAAGCUGUGCAAAGGAUGGGCCCUGGUUGUGCAAGCAGCAUAUAAUGGCUGGGACAGCCCUAGAGUUGCAGCAGCUCUUCACAACCUGGAUGAGGGCGAACAGCGAGUAGCGCAGGAAGACGGCCGCCCCCCAUCACAGACCAAAUGCGGCAGCCUCCCAGAGUCAGAAUUUGUUGACGCGGCAGGCCUCCUUCAGGGAAUACAGACCAGAUGUGGAAGCAUUGGCGAAUCAGAAUUCCGUGAAGGCCUUCACCACAUCCCACCCGAUGAAGAAAGCGAUGGAGAAGAGGAAGGAGCUGGAGAAGUUGAAGAAUAUAUGGUGGAAUCGGCGGACGCACUCCAGGAACAGGCAGAAGAAGAAGCUGUUGGGCCAGCCACGGACCCCACCACGGAGCCUGAGGACGACGGGACGGGCAUGCGCCUAGAACCCGGCAUGCGGGAUGAGCUUUGGAGCCAAAGGGUACCUUCCAGAGAAGCAGGCGCACCCCCCAUUGACAUCUUCGGGCCGCCAAUGCCUCGGGAAUCGCCAGUUGGGCAGACUGAGGAUUGGUGGGAACUACUGGAAGCACAGCAUUGCCUUGUUCGCCACCAUGUGGUGAGGCGCAGGAAUUUCUUCGGCAACCAUCACGGAGAGUGGAUCAAUUGCCCGGUCGCCGACAACCAGAUCCGCAGGGAUCGGCGCACAUGGAUGUACCCGGUGAUCGACAAUGCCAACAACCAGGGUGACCGACCGCGAUUGCAUUCGAGGGUUUUCCUUGAUGACUGGAGGUCCGAGCUUGAUCGGCUGAGGAACUUCCCCGAGGCUGUCGAGGGCGAGUACGCCGAGUGGACUGGCAUGACCACGUUCUACCUCUUCGACCUGGACGUCGACCUGUCGGGAACAAUGACCAGAUGGAUUGCGAGGAGGAGGACUACGGCCCUGAGGAGAACUUGGACGAAGAAUGGGGGACACUCCCGGUCCAUGAUGAAGAAGGAGGAGCCCUUCAUUACGGCUUAG